UUUCGCGCGAAAUCUGCACGUGUGUUGCAUAAGUUCUGCAAGUUGUGUGUCACACUGUGAUCAGUGUGGGUGUGUCACUGAUGUGUGACAGGCCAGUGUCGUUUUGUUGAUGUUCGGACUUCUUCUUCGUAAAACAAAGAGUUUUGACAGUUUAGUAAGUUAUUGUUACGCAAUGGGAAAGAAGAGAAAGCCAACUUCGACAAGAGCAGUGCGGGAAAGUUCACUUUCUUCGGAAGGUUCAGAUUCAGACAAGAAGAAUGGAAAAACAUGCAAGAAGAAAGUAGAGGAUCAGGAAGAAAAAGUUUUGAAGAAGAGAAGGUUGCAGGAAGAUAAAAUUGAGGAGCCAAAUUCCUACCAUCUUUUUACUGAAUCUGAAGAUGUCAGACGGUUUAGGUUGAAUCUGCUACAGUGGUAUGAUGAAAAUAAACGAGACCUUCCUUGGAGAAAAUGGGCAAGUCACCCAAACCCAAACCAACGAGCUUAUGGUGUGUGGGUUUCAGAGAUCAUGUUACAGCAAACACAAGUAGCGACAGUUAUCGACUACUACAACAGAUGGAUGAUGAAGUGGCCAACCCUUGAAGACCUUGCAAUAUCUGCAACACUUGAGGAAGUCAAUGAAAUGUGGUCGGGUCUAGGUUACUAUUCCAGGGGGAGGAGGCUGUUUGAAGGAGCUAAGAAAGUGGUAGAGACUCUAGGGGGAGUCAUGCCAAACGAUGCAGAAUCACUCAUGAAACAGUUGUCUGGUGUCGGCAGGUACACAGCCGGGGCUAUUGCAUCCAUUGCUUUUCAAGAGAAAACUGGAGUUGUAGACGGGAACGUUAUUAGAGUGCUGGCAAGAGCGAGGGCCAUUGGUGCCGACUCAACGAGUGCAGUGGUGCAGUCAACAAUCUGGUCACUUGCCAAUACUCUCGUAGAUGCGAAGCGCCCGGGUGAUUUCAACCAAGCUAUGAUGGAACUUGGCGCGACGAUCUGUACACCCAAAGCGCCCUCUUGUGACAAAUGUCCGAUCAAGAAACUCUGCCGGGCCUACCAUCAUAAGGAUAGAGUGCAGUCAUACUAUGAAGAAAAACACAAAGAGGAAUUCAGCUCCUUCAGGGUGAAGCAGGAAGACAUUGUGCCCGACAUAGAAUGUGCCGCUGAUAAUUGUCAGCUUUGUAUACCGGCAAGCGAAGGAUAUGAUGAAGAACUGGGGGUUCUGAACUACCCUCGAAAGCCAAAGAAGAAACCACCUCGACAAGAACAGACGGCAGUGUGCAUAGUGGAAAAGAAGAGUAAUGGCAAGAAGGAACCAGACUAUCUACUUGUACAGAGACCAGAAACUGGUUUACUUGCUGGCCUGUGGGAGUUUCCUAGUGCGACAAUGGACAGUGAUUGCUGGCCUACGCCCAGGAGGGAAAAAGCCAUCAAUGGUUUACUACGAGACAAACUCAAAAUGAAGAUUUCUGCGGAGAAAGAAAGGCAUUCAGUUGGUGAAGUGGUCCACAUAUUUUCUCACAUUGAGCAGACGUAUUGCGUUGAGACAUUUACUGCUUAUGAUCAGGACAUCAAAGAAACUACUCCUAUGGCUGGUAGUCCGUCUAAUAAGUGGUUCACGGCCCAGGACUUCUGGUCUGGAGCUGUCUCGACAGCAAUGAAGAAAUGUUUUAGUGCCUACCUAAAAUCAAUCAGUCCGCCAAAGGUGAAUUCCAAAAAGAUGAAGUUUGACUCCAAAAAGACGGGAGAUGCUAAGAAGCAAACGGGUUUGGAUUCCUUCUUCAAACCAGUGCAGAAGAAAUGAUGAACUCAAACUAGGUGACCGGUACUCUUGUGCAGCCCAUUCUCACAGCUCUGCUUACCGUUCUGCUUAGCAUGGAAUUCUAUGCUUAAAUUCUAUGUGUUCUAUGCACUAAUCUCCUGUCUGUACCAAGUCAAUGGCUUAUCAGGGUUUAUCUCCAGUUUCCUUGGCAAUAAACAACUGAGAAUAUUUCUAUCCCCCUGGACAGGAUGCCAUUCCAGCCCAGGUUACUCCCUAGCUCUCGUCAGUACCCAAUUUUACUCCUGGGUGGAGAGAAGCAUUUAUGGUAAAGCACCUUGCUCAAGAACACAAGUGUUGUGUUACUGACAGACAGGGUCUGGAACCAACAUUCGGUAAACUACAGAGCUUGAGUCCACUUCUAGACCGCCCAGCCAUGAAACCCCUCAACUUAAAGGAUUUGUGCAUGUACCAAAGUUCUACUUUAGUUUUCAUAGAAAGCAAGGGCUUUGGAAACUUUGUUCAGCUGAGACAUGAUCUGGGCCCAAUUUCAUAGAGCUGCUAAGCACGAAAAUUUGCUUAGCAUGAAAUUUAUUCCUUGAUAAAAACG